GUGUAGACUGCGCAUGCGUGAGGCUGGAGCCAGGGGGCGGGGUCACGUGGGCCGCGGGUCCUGGGCUGGAAUGGCCGCGAGCGCAGAGAUCAGAUCAUUCAGGUCAUCAUGAUCUAAGGCCAAAAAUCAAAACAAAACAAACAAAAACUUGCUUGGAUUGACUGAACUACAAUUAUUAUAAGUAACUAUGGAAAACGAACCAGACCAUGAAAAUGUGGAACAGAGCCUUUGUGCCAAGACUACAGAAGAAGAACUGAAUAAGUCUUUCAAUCUUGAAGCUUCGCUUUCAAAAUUUUCUUACAUAGAUCUGGACAAGGAACUGGAGUUCAAAAAUGAUCUGAUUGAUGACAAGGAAUUUGAUAUUCCUCAAGUUGAUACGCCUCCAACACUGGAAAGCAUACUCAAUGAGACUGAUGAUGAAGAGGAGUCUUUUGUUCUGGAGGACCCUACAUUGUUAAACAUUGAUACUAUUGAUUCCCACUCCUAUGAUACUUCGUCUGUGGCAAGUUCAGAUAGUGGUGACAGGACCAACUUAAAAAGGAAGAAGAAAUUACCUGAUUCUUUUUCACUCCAUGGGUCAGUUAUGCGACAUUCACUUUUGAAGGGAAUUUCUGCCCAGAUAGUGUCUGCAGCUGACAAAGUUGAUGCUGGCUUGCCUACAGCAAUUGCAGUGUCCAGUCUGAUAGCAGUGGGUACAUCUCAUGGAUUGGCUUUAAUAUUUGGAAAAGAUCAGAAUCAAGCUUUGCGACUCUGUCUGGGGAACACUAGUGUUGGAGGUCAGUAUGGAGCCAUCUCUGCCCUCAGUAUCAACAAUGACUGCUCAAGACUUCUCUGUGGCUUUGCUAAGGGACAGAUCACGAUGUGGGAUUUGGCCAGUGGAAAACUUCUAAGAUCAAUAACAGAUGCUCAUCCUCCAGGAACAGCAAUAUUGCAUAUUAAGUUUACAGAUGAUCCAACUCUUGCAAUUUGCAAUGACAGCGGAGGCUCUGUUUUUGAAUUGACAUUUAAGAGAGUGAUGGGAGUGAGGACGUGUGAAUCUAGGUGUCUGUUCAGUGGUUCCAAGGGUGAAGUUUGCUGUAUUGAGCCUCUUCAUUCUAAGCCUGAGUUGAAAGAUCAUCCCAUCACACAGUUUUCCUUAUUGGCCAUGGCAUCCUUAACAAAGAUACUGGUCAUUGGAUUGAAACCAUCCUUGAAAGUGUGGAUGACUUUUCCCUAUGGACGGAUGGAUCCUUCCAGUGUUCCGUUGCUGGCCUGGCACUUUGUGGCAGUGCAUAAUUACGUGAAUCCCAUGCUUGCCUUCUGCAGAGGAGAUGUUGUUCAUUUUCUGUUGGUGAAGAGAGAUGAGUCUGGAGCAAUACAUGUUACUAAGCAAAAGCAUCUUCACCUCUACUAUGACCUCAUCAACUUCACUUGGAUAAACUCACGUACAGUUGUGCUCUUGGACAGCGUGGAGAAGUUGCAUGUGAUCGAUCGGCAGACUCAAGAGGAAUUAGAAACAGUGGAGAUCUCAGAAGUUCAGUUGGUCUAUAACAGCAGCCAUUUCAAAUCCCUAGCCACUGGAGGAAAUGUUAGCCAGGCACUGGCUUUGGUUGGAGAGAAGGCUUGUUAUCAGUCCAUCAGUAGUUACGGUGGUCAGAUCUUUUACUUGGGGACAAAAUCUGUUUAUGUGAUGAUGCUGAGAAGCUGGAGAGAGAGAGUGGAUCAUCUUCUGAAACAAGAUUGUCUUACAGAAGCCUUGGCUCUUGCAUGGUCUUUCCAUGAAGGAAAAGCAAAAGCAGUAGUGGGAUUAUCAGGGGAUGCCAGUAAGCGAAAGGCUGUUGUUGCAGAUCGGAUGGUAGAAAUCCUAUUCCAUUAUGCAGAUCGAGCUCUGAAAAAGUGUCCAGACCAGGGAAAAAUCCAAGUGAUGGAGCAGCAUUUUCAGGACACGGUGCCUGUCAUAGUUGAUUACUGCCUGCUGCUAGAGCGAAAGGAUCUUUUAUUUAGCCAGAUGUAUGACAAAUUAAGUGAGAAUUCAGUGGCUAAAGGAGUGUUUUUGGAGUGCCUUGAACCAUAUAUUUUAAGUGAUAAAUUGGUGGGGAUGACCCCCCAGGUAAUGAAAGACUUGAUUGUUCAUUUCCAAGAUAAAAAGUUAAUGGAAAAUGUGGAAGCCCUCAUUGUACAUAUGGAUAUCACCAGCCUAGAUAUUCAGCAGGUAGUUCUCAUGUGUUGGGAAAAUCGUCUGUAUGAUGCUAUGAUCUAUGUUUACAACAGAGGCAUGAAUGAAUUUAUUAGUCCAAUGGAGAAACUUUUCAGAGUCAUUUCUCCUCCUCUGAGUGCAGGAAGAACACUAACAGAUGAGCAAGUUGUUAUGGGCAACAAGCUGCUUGUAUAUAUUAGCUGUUGUCUAGCAGGCCGAGCCUAUCCCCUUGGUGACAUCCCUGAAGAUCUUGUUCCCUUGGUUAAAAACCAGGUUUUUGAAUUUCUGAUUCGCCUGCAUUCAGCGGAAGCCUCCCCUGAGGAAGAAAUCUACCCCUAUGUUCGGACUUUGCUACAUUUUGACACAAGAGAAUUUCUAAAUGUAUUGGCACUGACUUUUGAAGAUUUUAAAAAUGACAAGCAAGCUGUGGAAUAUCAACAACGAAUUGUGGACAUUUUGUUGAAAGUUAUGGUGGAGAAUUCAGAUUUUACUCCUUCACAAGUAGGGUGUCUCUUUACGUUCCUUGCCCGGCAGCUUGCAAAGCCUGACAAUACCUUGUUUGUAAACAGAACCCUUUUUGAUCAGGUCCUUGAAUUCCUCUGUAGUCCUGAUGAUGACUCCCGACACUCUGAAAGACAGCAGGUCCUUUUAGAAUUGCUGCAGGCUGGUGGCAUAGUUCAGUUUGAAGAGAGUCGGCUCAUCCGUAUGGCAGAAAAAGCAGAGUUCUAUCAAAUUUGUGAGUUUAUGUAUGAACGAGAACACCAGUAUGACAAAAUUAUUGAUUGUUACUUACGUGAUCCACUGAGGGAGGAAGAAGUCUUUAACUACAUUCACAAUAUCUUAUCCAUUCCUGGACACAGUGCAGAGGAAAAGCAGUCUGUAUGGCAGAAAGCAAUGGAUCAUAUUGAGGAACUUGUAUCCCUGAAGCCCUGUAAAGCUGCAGAGCUGGUUGCUACUCACUUUUCUGAACAGAUUGAAAUAGUCAUUAAAAAACUUCAGAACCAGGUUUUGCUUUUCAAGUUUUUGAGGAGUCUUCUUGACCCAAGGGAAGGUAUUCAUGUAAAUCAGGAAUCGCUGCAGAUGCCUCCCUCUGUUACGGAGCAGUUCAUUGAGUUGUUGUGUCAGUUCGACCCAAACCAGGUUAUAGAGACGCUGCAGGUCCUUGAGUGCUACCGCCUGGAAGAAACCAUCCAGAUUACCCAGAAGUAUCAACUUCAUGAAGUCACUGCCUAUCUAUUAGAAAAAAAAGGAGAUAUUCAUGGGGCCUUCUUAAUAAUGCUAAAGAGACUACAAAGCAAACUUCAGGAGAUAACGCAUCAAGAUGAAAAGGCCAAAGAGGACCUUUCAUUGAAGGAUGUUGAAGAUACCAUGGUGGAGACAAUUGCCCUUUGCCAGAGAAAUUCACAUAAUUUGAACCAGCAGCAAAGAGAGGCACUCUGGUUUCCAUUAUUGGAGGCAAUGAUGGCCCCUCAGAAGCUGUCUGGUUCAGCUGCACCUCAUCUACACCCUGAAGCUCUGAGAUCUCUGACCAUGCAAGUUCUAAACAGCAUGGCAGCUUUUAUUGCCCUUCCAUCCAUCUUGCAAAGAAUCUUACAGGAUCCAGUUUACGGAAAAGGAAAACUUGGAGAAAUCCAGGGACUCAUUCUGGGAAUGUUGGAUACCUUUAACUAUGAACAAACUCUGCUGGAAACAACUACUAGCCUUCUAAACCAAGAUCUCCAUUGGUCACUGUGUAACCUGAGAGCUUCAGUCACCAGAGGACUGAAUCCCAAGCAGGAUUACUGCUCUAUAUGUUUGCAGCAGUACAAGAGACGCCAAGAAAUGGCGGAUGAAAUAAUUGUCUUUAGCUGUGGCCAUUUGUAUCACUCAUUCUGUCUGCAAAACAAAGAGUGCACCAUAGAAACUGAGGGGCGGACAAGAUGGACAUGCUACAAAUGCAGCUCAAGUAACAAAGUAGGGAAAUUAAGUGAAAAUUCAUCUGAAAUUAAAAAGGGGAAGACAGCCCCAUCACAGGUAAAAAUGUCUCCUCCUUGUCCUCCAUCCAAAGGGGAUCCUGCUGUUAAGAAGGGACUGUCCCACCUCUUCCAGACUGAUGCCAAAAGCAAGGCAAAUGAAAGAAACUUCUGGAAUUGGACUGCCCAAAUUCAGGCAGCCUCAGAACCUGUUCUGGACCCACAGCAAAUCCAAGCGUUUGAUCAACUUUGCCGUCUCUACCGAGGAAGUUCCCGGCUGGCCCUCCUUACAGAACUCUCCCAGAAUCGCAGCAGCGACAGCUACAGGCCGUUCAGUGGCUCCCAGAGUGGCCCUGCUUUCAACAGCAUCUUCCAGAAUGAGAACUUCCAGCUGCACCUCAUUCCCCCACCUGUGACUGAGGACUGAGGCCUGGCACUGAAGACCAGAGACCAUCCUAAUGCAGCCAGGGAGGGACCCCCUCUCUAACUGGCUUGGCCCCUCCGUCUGCCCCCUUCUGAGCAGAGGUUCCGAGGGGGACAUCUAAGCCUGGGCCUUUCUUCCUGCCCCUCAUUCCCCAGGGAGACUCCCUGUCUCUUCCAAGAUGCAUCAGGUCACCAGACCAGUUGAUUUUGUUUUGUUAAGCAAAGGAAUGUCCCAUACUUUCGUCCAGCUUUUUAAGAAAGUACGCUUUGCCAGUUGGGACGUUUUCCAGUUUCCCUGAAGCUUAGAGAAUAGGUGGGACUCAGGCAGAUGGCAUUCAGGAGUCUGUCCUGCCUCAUCCCCUCUAGCUGCUGGGUAACCUGGAGGGACUUCAACUUCUGUUGCUGUUGGAAAAAGAGAACAGUGGUUGCCAGGCCACAGGAUAACUGGAACCUGCACUGUGGGGGGAGGUGGGGGCAUCUCCCUUUUGAUGCAUAUAUGGCAAAACCCAUUUGAGUGUAAGAUUUGCCCUUUCUGACAAUAAAUGCCUCUGUGUUUAAGUUC